UUAUGCAAUGUAGGUUUUAACUAUUUGCAUCCCUUUUCUAGAUGGAAUAUCUGCCACACACACUUGGACAGCUUGUCAGUCUGGUUACAUUGAGACUAGACAACAACUUCCUCAAGAAGUUACCUAUAUCCUUAGGCAAGCUUACAAGUCUGAAAUUUUUUUCUGCCAGCAACAACAAACUUGUUGAAUUACCUGCUUCAGUGUUUCAUUUGAGAAUGGAAAACAUUGAUGUUUUUGGCAACCCAUUUACAAGUCAACUGGGCAUAGUGACAAACAACAUGCCUAAAGGGGUACCAAAUCUGCGUGAAAUUGCAUCAGCAUACUGUGUUAAAAGAGGGUUGCGUCCAACAGCUGCUGACAUUCCAGCCACUUUGGUUGAAUAUCUUCAGAGUUGGUUGAAGUGCCUGUGUGGUAGAAUAUGUUAUGAAUCUCACAUUCUCACCUGCAUCUCUCUGAACCUGAAGCUGGUUUCCCCUGCAUUAACCAUUGGCAAUGCAUUUGAGACUUCCACACCUGCUUUGGCCACUUUGUGUUCGCAGAAAUGUUUUGACAAGUUCACAAAGAGAUAAUAGAAAGAAAUCUAGAAAUACAGAUAUGUGUUAUACUUGUGUUCUUUAGUCUUUUUCAUCACAUUAAGGACUGAUUU